GGACAGCGACGGCAGUUGUAACUGUUCGUGAGUGAGAUCAUUUUUGUCUGAGUUUGCAGCUAUUUAAUGUUAUUAUUUAUGGCAGGUGAUUGUGGAAGAAUGUGAACCGCCGGAGGGGACUAUGAAUCGCAUUAUAUCUGGUUCCAUGUAAGGCUUUAUUGCUGUUUUAACAAUAUUUUUGAAGCCGAGGAGCUGCAAGAAUAAAACCACUUCAGCGACAGACCGCGGGAAAAUGUCGUUAUUUCCUGUGCACUAAAGUCUUGGCGCGACAUUACGGUUGUAAACAACAAGAGGACUCAGUAGUGCACACAAAUAAGCAAGCAAAAAUUGAGUCACAGAUAUUUGGAAUAAUGGAGGACACUGACACCAAUUACACCUCUGGUCUCUUGGUACCUGAUGUCAGUGAAGAUUCUGUGGAUAUCUAUGAUGGCCUGGAUACUGGUUUUAGCAGCAGUGCAGAGAAGCCACCUUCAUGUGCUUCUCAGCUGAAAGACUCACUGGAUCUGUAUGAAGAAAUUGUCGCAGAGGAGCAGCAGAACAGAGAGUCUUCUUGUGCUCAGUUGAAGUCCAGGCUCCAAGCAGCUCAAAACCAAAUCAAACAGUUGCAUCGGAGACUGGAGCAGGUGGAAAUGCAGAAAACAGGGUUAAUCUUGGAAAACUGCUGUCUCAAAAAGAACAUCUCAGCACUUUUACAAACAGCUAGACAGGAAGUGGCACGAAAAGAUGCUGAGAUUCAGUGGCUGAAUCAGCGGCAAAUGAAAAGUCGUCAUCAUCGUCAGUUUCACAAUAAUCAGAAUUCCUCAAGCUGGACCUCCACAGGCAGCUCCAGCAAUAAGCCACCUACCUCUAGUCCUCUGCCACCUCCUCCACCAUCUUCACCUCCUAGGGAGAAUCAGCAUUCAAGGAAUUCACAUCAACCUUCAGUAAAAGAAAGCAACAAUUCCACCAGUCAGCCCCUUGGCUCCUGUGCUGAGACAAGUGCUUCUAAAUCAUCUUCUCAUAGUAAUUUAAAAAGUACCUCAAGGGGGGAUUGUAAAAUACCUGACAAACAGACUGAGCACUCUGUCAGCAAAUGCAGCAGCAGUUCAUCCACCCAACAUAGUGAGUUGGACAAACACAAGUCUAAGCACAGAGAGGAAAAAUAUCAAAGUCAUAAACUUUCUGAAUCAACAGAUAGGAGACAUAGAUCUAAUUCAGAUCCCAACAAGGAUUGUCAUGACAAGAACAGGUCUCAUAAAGCAGAAAAAAACACCGGACGAAAUUUUGAUUCCAGGUCAUCUAAAAGCAGGGCCUACCUAAAUGUUGAGGGGCGCCACAGAUCAGACAGGGUUAAAAGCCCUCCACCAGUGAUUUUACACAGCGCAGCUUCCUCUGAUGGCACCAAAGGGAGAAGUCGAGAAUGGAGACAAAAUAAAGCUAAAUUGUUGUCAUCAGACUUGGAACAUAGUGCAACUCAAAUCUCUAAAGAGAGCUAUAGCCGAGAUCAUAGAAAACUCAAGACUAGUGACAGACAUAGCAGAAGCUCAGACUCAAAGGACCGGACAAAGUCCUCUUCAAGUCAACAUGCUGAGCGGUACAGUGAUUCCUCCAAAGUGAGGGAAGGAGAGCGACUUUCAAAGGAUUAUCAACGGAAGGAGCAGAGGCAACGAGAAGAUGAAAUAAACAGAAAGCACAAGGGGAGUCGUCUGUCAGAGAUGAGCAGAGGAUGCGGAAAAGAGAGAUCAAAAGAAUCAGGCCAAGGUGAAGUGAAUGUUCAGAGUAAGGAUAAACAAGAAAAAACAUCUAAGACCUUAAAAAGAUCAUCUAAAGAACAAAAGACCACUGAGAAAAGUUCUGUGGAAGAAAAUACUCCACACAAGAAACUGUGUUUUAUGGAAACAUUGAAUCUAACCAUUUCACCAAUUAAGAAGCCAGUGUUGUCCACUGGUAUCAGCCAGGAUGCUCUCACACCAGUGGACAGAUCAGACGAUAAGUCGCAUGCUCGUAUGGAAGAUAUGUGUGUCAUUCGUGAAGUAGACACCAUUGAAUUGGAAUCAGGGUUGGAAGAUGUUACAGAGCAAUGUCCAGAUACCCACGAAGAUCUAAGCACUGAAAAGACAGACAAGAGAUGUGAUAAUGCAGAAGAUGUACACGAAAAGGACAAGAACUGUAAGGAAAAUUCCUCUGGAAAACUACUUGAACUCAGUUCAGUCCACACUACCUCAGUACCUACCCAACCCCUAGAUAAUGCAGAGAAUCAGAUGACUGUAUACCCCACCUCUAAAUCACCAUGGAACAUUUCUCUAAAAACAACAGAAGGGGACAUUUUAAAAAAUCACAAGGACAGCACAAAGCUGUCCUCAGAAAGCAAGGCAGAAGACUAUGGACAACCAGAGGCUAUAGAUGGUGUCAGUGACACAUAUGGAAGCGUUUCCAAAGAACGCACAAGCAAUUCGUUACCCAAAGUAAACAAUACUGAUAGGUCUGUUACUGUUACCAAAUCUGUUGUGCUUGACUCAGUGGUAGAACUUUCAAAACAUUCAGUACAGCAAAGCCACACUGCGGAUUCAUCUGAAGAAGGUGCAGCCGCUUCAUCCUCCAGGUCUCCCCCUGUCUUACCUCCAAACUGUCAACAAGGACUCUAUCCUUUUGCUUCCUGUAGUUCCACUCACAAAAAAGAUGCUUGUGAUAUGCAAGAUGUUCCUAAAGAUACAGAUACUGUAUCCAGUACAAUAAACCUGGAAUUGCUUCCACGAGACGGGCUGAGUUUACCUCAGGCUAUUUACAUUUUAACACAGACAAGUGAAGACGCCAGCGACAGCAUCACAGCUGAGCCGAGCUCUUCCACUGGCUGUAUCGGAGUGUCCAAAGUUAGCAGUACAACAGAGGAGACGGUACUGCCAGAGAAGUACAGUGACCUCACUUUUACACCAAAGAAGAGCUUCAGUCCUGGAAAGAUUCAUGAGAAUAAUGUUGAGCCUUCCAGUUCAGUGCCAGUAUUUCUUGAUGAGGAUUCCAUGAUGCACACACUGAGCAAUCUGAAGAGAUUCCCUGAUGCCAUAAGCCCUCUGAGGAGCCCAGUAAGGAUAAUCAAAAGAAGUCACGUCAAUGUUCAUUGCAAGCCUGGUUAUGUCAAGUCCCUUCAAAAUGAUUUGUCUGAUAUUGCUAUUGAUGUCAACUCAAAGAAGUUGGAUGUAAACAAAGAGAACAAAUAUCCAGGUUCUCCUACAGAUCAUAACAUGCAAAAUAUGAUGGACAAGGUAUCUGACCUGCCUUCAAGUCUCUCUGAUACUGAACUGGAGGAAGGGGAAAUUUUAAGCGAAAGUAAUGAGACAGCUGCAGAUUCUCCUGUCCCUGCAACCAAGCGGGUGAAGUUAGCACGACCAGUCAGAAUUAAACCAAGUCCUAAGUUUUCAGAUUUUCCCCUCAAGACAGAAAGGCUUGUUGCUCCAAAUGAAAGUAGUGAAACCCCAGGUACAUCGACAUCAAGUCCAAAGACUCGUCUUAAAAUAGUUUGCCCUCCAGCAACUAAAGCUUCCUUUUCCAACAUAGAGGAUAUAAUGGAGACAUUCAAGUUGGUUCGCACUGAAAUCCGGAAAAAAUACAUGAAGCUUCACAAAACUUUUCCCAAAAAGAGCUUUUUUGGCAUGAUGGACAAGUUUCAGGCAUCUUUUUUAGAGUUUGUGGAUGGUGCUCAUUUUGGUCAAAUAUGCAGUCAAGCAGGGGAGUUGAAAUCCAGGCUGAGGAAACAGAUUGUAUCUGUGUUUAGCAAAGUAUCAAACAAUGGUAUUGUGAAACGCAUCUUUGAACAGCAAGCAAUUGAUCUGAAACAGAAGUUGUGGGACUUUGUAGAUGUCCAUGUUGACUAUUUGUUCAGGGACAUUCACGUGACACUGAAGAGCCUUUGCAAACCAGCAAGACUUCAGGCUGAGGAUAUGAAGCCCAGUGGGAACGAGAAGGUUUCCAGACAGUUUUCUGUGGAUAAGCCACAGUGUCAGCAGAAGGAAACACAGUCUCCUCCAACCGGUCUGAAUCGAAUCAAGCCUGGUGCUGUGAUGCCUUACAAAACAGGCCUUGGAAGCAGAGGCAAAGAUAUCCGAAUCACACAUGGGGAAAAAACCAGGAAUGUUGACCCGCAUCCAACACAGUGGCCAAAUACACUAACUGUAGCUAACUUACUUCCUCCGAAAAAUAUUCCUUCAACUCCAGAGAAAGAUAACCUGUCUUCUUUGGUUGUCUCUCAAAAUGGCACUUUGCUCGACAAAUCUGACUUUGAGAUUCUCACAGAACAGCAAGCAUCCAGUUUAACGUUCAAUCUGGUGAGAGACUCUCAAAUGGGGGAAAUCUUCAAAUGCCUCCUACAAGGAUGUGACUUAUUAGAAACCAGUGGCAUCGCAGGAGACAGCGCAGCCCGGGCCCUCAGUACUCCAAGGAAGGAUCAAGAGAGACUCAUCAGUAUAACCACUCCAGCUAAAUUUGACUCUCCAUCUAAAUUACUGUCUCCCACCAAAUUUGGUACUCCCUCUAAGCAUAUCACUGCAUGGUCCAGCAUUUCACCUCGUAGGAUGUCGUCUCCACAAUCAAAAGAUCAGAUCCUGCCAAAUUCAGCUUUAUUUGAUGAAAGUUGCUUGUUAGAAGUGCCAUCAGAUAAUAGAGCGAUGCUACAGUGCAAGCUGGCUUCAGAGAGGUCUUAUUCCAUUCUAGCUGAAGAUCUGGCAGUCUCCCUCACCAUUCCAUCACCCCUUAAGUCUGACAGCCAUCUCAGCUUCCUCCAGCCAUCAAGCAUGCAAAUGAUGUCCGCUCCAGACAGUGUCAUCAGCGCUCACAUAAGUGAGGAUGCCCUCCUGGAUGAGGAUGAUGCUACAGAGCAGGACAUUCACCUUGCCCUCGACACGGACAACUCCAGCUGUGGCUCCAGCAGCAGUGUGGCCUCAGUGGCACUUGCCACAUCUUUUGUGUUUCAGCCCGAUAGGCCCACACAAGUGUUAGUAAUGGAGAAGUCCAAUGAUCAUUUCGUUCUCAAGAUUCGCCAGGCAUCCGCAAGUGCAGAUACCACUAUCACUGCUGAUGAGAACUCAAAUCAAACACUAAGAGAAGAAGAUGUAGCCAUUCAAGGAAUUCAAGAACAAGCUUUCUCGUUGGACAAGUCACAGAAUUGUAGUGCUUCUUCAAGUGCUGUACCAUCAGGAAACAGUCUGUCUGACCAUGCUAAAGACUCAGGGAUCUGUCAAGCUAAGACUGGUUCAGAUAUAUGUCUCACUCGAGAUGAGAGCUUAACACUAACAAAUGAUCCAUCCCACAAAAAAGAAGAUACAUCAACUCAACAAAGUACCUCAAAACUUGAUUUUCCUGAGGAGUUGAAAAAACUGUCAGAGUCUCUGAAAAGUCUGCCUGAAACUCCUAGUUUGCACAGUGGUGCUCAAAGCUCUGAUCAUUUGGUUAUGCAGAUCAGCCAACCAGUGUGCCAGGCAACAGCUGGGGAAGGUGUCACAGACCCUGUUGCUGAGAGCAUAAAUCACUCGUGCCUUAUAAAAGAAAACAUUAACACUCAAAUAAGUCCCUCAAAAGCUUUUUUGUCUGAGCCACAGAAAUUAAUCAGUCCCUCUGAAAACGCACUGUCAGCUAGUAACCCACAGCACUUUUCUGAGAGCUCUGAAACAAAUCAAAGGAGCCAAACUUCACUAACCCAUUUUUCCAGCUCAGAGCAAGAUGGACUGGAUGUGUUGGAGUCUGAGAGAAGUCCCACCAUUGCAGAGGACAUAAACGGCACACCAGAGACAGAGCAGAGGGAUUGUGACAAAGGCAGAAAACGGAAGAAACACCUGGAUAAAUCAAAUGCAAAGCGGUCCAAAAAGGAAGAGGUGGAGAGCACAGAAGGAAUGGUGUCUAAUGUGAACACAGACUGUAAUAAGUCCAAAUCCGUCCCAAGUUCUCUGUCCCCUAGCAGUCUCUCUGCCAAGAAUGUUGUCAGGAAGAAAGGCGAGGUGGUGAUAGCAUGGACCAGAGAUGAAGAUCGAACUAUACUGACUGACCUGAAGACAAAAGGUGCUUCACGUGAGACGUUCUCUGCCUUGUCAGAGAAACUCCAUAAGCCUUCAGGGCAGAUUGCUCACCGAUUUUACCAGCUCAUGAAGCUUUUUAAGAAGCAGGAGAAGAUGGAUACCUGAUCCCUCAGAGAGCUGUGCUUUGCUUUAUGUGGCAGCAACACAGACAUGUAGGCUACUGUUCAUGUGAUGUGGUGCAGAAAGACGUGAACUCAGAGUGGCCGAGUCAUUACACGUUAGACUUCAACAGUAAUGACCCAGCAGAAGUGACAAGGUUGAUUGAAAAGAAGAUAAAUUGUUCAGUCAACAUCAGCAUUACUGAUUUGAUUCACUUCUUGUUUUUUAGCAACACAUACUGCAAUCACUAUUUCAGCAUUGGUUCUGGGCAUUUGCUGAUAGAUGGUCCUCAGUACAGCAUCUACAUCCUUAUGUUCAGUCUCCAGAAGUCCUUGGCUUAGUUUUACAUGUUUUCCUCAGUUAGAAAGUUAGAAAAAACUUCAUUUGGAUGACAAUAACCUACUUCCCAGUGUAUCCGCUUUUUUUCACCGAAAAUACGGCUGACUUUUUAAUCUUCCUAAAAUUAGCAGACAUUCACUGGAAACAACACCCGGCAGUACACCUUUAUCUACGAGACUUAGUUUGGGUCUCGUUUUUUUAAAUAAAUCAGUGAUAUUACUGAUCUUAUCUUAAUGUGUAUGUGCCUAAAGGUUGUGUUAAAAUAUUUACAUGUCCAGUUGAUGUAGAGGACAGUACAUUUAUCUCUGUAAAUACAAAUUGAUUUUUUUUUUCCUGUGGGCCUCAGUGGCACUUUGUUUGACUCAUCCUGUUUCUUAUAAAUA